ACACAUAUAUAUACCAGAACAGUCCACAAGAUGUCAGAAAUAGUAAUGUAAAACAAAUAGCUGGCUUGAAUUGACAUGCAAAUGCUAGCGUCGCAAAGAAGUCUCAAGCCGUGCCUGGGGGAGGAGAAGCUAGCUGGGUUUUUAAUCCCUGGGAAAGCAGAGAUUUGUCAAGCAGAGGGAUCAAAAUAAGAACAAAUUUAAACAAACGAGGCGCUGAAUGGGAUGCGUUUUCAGAGAGGGACAGAUCCAGAAACGCUAGCCUUGUUUGCAUUGAACAUCCAUCAAAGGGCAUUUUUUCUUUCCCACACGAACAACCUGCGCCUGCUAAAGGAUAUAAUUCUGCUUUUAUUUGUUUUUUCCACUCUUUUAAUUUUUUUAAAAAAAUUGUAAUUACUAAUUUGUAAAGCAGAGGCCACGCCGCGACUCCCCCCCCCCCUCCCACGGUCUUGGUGUGCCUUGGCAAACCGAAAGGCAGCAAGAGUCAGCGGGGCUUUGCGGGCAGGCUAGGACGGGGAUCGGUGUGGGGGCCUAGUAUUAGCAUAGAAACUGUUGUGGUUUUGUAUUGAAAAAAACAAACCAAAAAAAAACAAAAAACUGUGAAUGAAUUAGUCAAUUUUUGCGGUAGGACGUGUAGUUAUUCUGCGUGACGAUGCUGUAAUUAAAAACGUUUAAUUUAUUUAUAUAUUUACUGUGAUUUACCGCAUCAUUUCCUUUUUUUAAAACCCAUUGCGGUUAAACCAACACAAACUCGCCUAGUAGGAUUAUGUUCAAAGAAAUGUAACUAUUUGAAGUGGUUUUUGUGGUUGGACUGGCUGGUUUUUUUUUCUUUUUUGACAGCGAUAACCUUGUUAAUGCAUCCAGUAACUGACAAAAAGGCGCAUUAAAAAGAAUCAAUAAUAAUACGUAUUGUUUUCUCCUUUCGUUGUCAAAUAACGCCUAUAAAACCUGGCAAAUAUUUUAAAAAUUCGUAAUACAAUUGAGACGCGCUUCAUUGAAUGUGUUUUAUUGAAAAAAAAAAAGGGAUUGCGUAAUAUUUCUCGCCAGUUAGAAAACUACCAUUGUAAAAUAAUAAUUCAGAUAAGUAAAAUACUUGUUUUUAUAUAACAUAAUUGCGUGCUGGUACAUUUGAAUUUGUUUUGUCCGCAUUAGUUACCGUUAUGUCUCUGUGAUGUAUGAUAUCAUUGGGAGGCUAUAGUCUGUGUACGAUUUAGUUAGUUUCUUUAAUUAAACGUGGAUUUUUUUAAAAAAAAUAAUCUUUAAUUUAAUGUCAAAAACAGCCACUCAUUAAUUAUAAACUUGUUAUAAGUAGUAAACUAUAGGAACUAUUUGAGACAAUAAACGUGUCCACUACGCGUGUCUUAGUAUUACUAUGUAAUAAAUAUUGCUAGCCUAAAUUCUGACUUUAUUUUUAUUUUGAGUUCAGUGUUGUAUAAUGACGAUAUAAUUAUUGUACAAUUGCUGAGAGACUGUAAUGUAGUUUUGAGAAUGAAGAGGACGUAGAAUGACGUUUACAGAAAACACGUGUCUAUGUAAAGAGACCUUUGAUGUGAAUGAUAGUUAACGUAAACACAGGCACUGUGAUUUAAAACUACAACAUCAUAACUUGAAAAAAAGAGAAACUAACACAGAAAAAAAAAACGUUAUUUUCAAUACCUGACAUAGAAAAGAAAAAUAACACUAUCAUUUUUAUUUAAUUAUUAUUUUUAAAUAAACAAUCGAAACACGAGUCUGCAAACGCAUUUAAGAAUAUCACAGCUUCUUCAUAAGUUGAAUUUUGCAAUUAUUUUCCAGCGUUUUAUAUAAUUUGUUUUAUUUAUUAUAAUUUUUUUUAAAAUCCCAAAAUAUUUUAUAAGUGGUGUACGAAAAAAAAAAGUGAAUUUAAAAACUAUACACCGCAACUUAAUAUUAGAUUUUUUAUUUUUAUUUAUUUUUAUUUAUUUUUUUUAACAAUUUCAACGGGCGGGGGGAGGGAAAACUGGAAAAAACAAAAUGAUCCUGCUGAUUUUAGAAUCCUGACGCUCUUCAGGGGAAGAAAAUAUAUCCCACCAUUUUUUAUAUUUUGCUUGGUUGUGACAUAAAGACGCUGGACGCCGAGGGACGAAGUUUUUAAUUACGCCAUGAAUCUACGGACACCCACUUCCACUCUGGAUAGAUCAGCCAGUAAGAGACAGUCUCACCUGCCCAGUCCUCUCGCAGCCUGGUUGAGCAGCUUAUCAAUGGGGGACUCUGUUCCCGACCGCAGGAAUUCAGCCAACCACCAGAGGGAGCCCUCGCUAGACAGCUCGACUGAGAACACAGGCUUGGUUCAGAGGUGUGUGAUCGUCCAGAAAGACCAGCAGGGCUUCGGCUUCACCGUGUGCGGAGAUCGGAUCGUUCUGGUGCAGCACGUGCGACCCGGGGGCGCCGCGAUGAAAGCCGGAGUGCACGAGGGGGACCGAAUUAUCAAGGUCAACGGCUCGCUGGUGUCUUCUCUGACUCAUCAGGAAGUGGUUCGACUCAUCAAAUCUGGUCAGUACGUGGCCCUGACGCUGCAAGGCCCGCCCCAUUCCACUGCUUCCCUGCCUCUACUGACAGACGCCUCGUCCAGUCUGAGGUCAGGACCGGGGGGUCUGGCCCCGCCCCCUCCUCCGCCUCCGCUCCCCCCGAAUUCCACGAGCCUUUCAGCGUCAGACCGGAUCACCAGCCCCAGACCACUGCAGGACUCAGAAGUUCAGAAGCACGGCAGUCAAAUUCUCAGGAAGAUGCUGAAGCAGGAAGAGGCGGAGUUACAGGAGCUGCUGGAGGAGCACUCUCGUAACCCCUCCCCCUCUCUCGAGGAGCGAAUUGAAAGCGCCCGGAGGCGGGCCAACCAAGUUCGCGUCAAGAUACAACAGGAUGUGGAGAACAGCAGGUCCCGAUCCGAGUCGAGUGCUGGGUAUCUAAGAGCCGGGGAAGGUCGAUUGUCUAUGGACUCUCAAGAUGGUGAUACAGAGGGUUUCUCUAUCCUCAGUGAAAGCCCACGGUCCUCCCCACUGCUCCCAGUCCGGACGUCCCAUCACAGAAGGCAGGGAUCGGACGCCUUUUUCACCUCCGAACAGGUUUCGAGACAUCAGAUCAUCGGACCGGAGGAGGAGGAGGACGAUGAAGAUUCUUACCUCCAGAACGAGAUGGACGGCCCGUUUCAAGACAUCGACAGGCUGAAGUCUCGUCCAGCUCACAUGGCUGUGUUCAUGAGAUACAUCUUCAGCCAACUGCUGGACCCAAACCCACUGUUGUUCUAUCUGUCAGUGGAAGCCUAUCUCAGCUCCAGUCAGAAGGACGCUCGCUCGCUUGCGUUGCAGAUCUCUGCGCAUUUUCUAGAGAAGGACGCUCCGCUAAAAAUCCACGUCCCAGAAGAUAUUAACAGUGAAAUAGAAAGCAGAAUUCAAAGCCAAGAGGAUAUCCGUGGUCCGCUGUCGGACGUCCAGCACUUAGUCCUCCCGGAAAUCCAGGAUCAAAUUCAGGACUACAGGAGCAAACAGAUGAUGGGUUUGGGCAGCUUGUUUGGAGAAGGUGAUCUGCAGCAGCUGGACGGAGACCCGAGCAGAGAGAGACAGAUUGUGGACAAGCAGGCCGCUGCACUGUGGGAGAUCCUGUCGAAACAUGAGGAGGAUAGAAGCUCCCCCAUGGCCGCGGCCGUGCUGCUGUAUUUGAGGUACUCGGGGAUCAAGCUGCGAGACUCCAGGGCCUUCAACCUGCUGGAGAAGCCACAGGAGAGAGAGAAGUGGCUGCCGUUCUUCCCAAAAACCAAGAAGCCCAGCUCUGCAAAGAAAGACAAGGAAAAAGAGAGAGACAGCGGGGAAGACAGGAAACGCAACCCCAUCCUGAAAUACAUCGCCAAGCCCAAGGGGGCCUCCUCCCAGUCCACAUUUCAUCUUCCUUUAUCGCCAGCGGAAGAAAUUCAUGCUUCUUCAUCCCCCACAGAAGUUCUGCCUGGGAGUGUUCGAAAUAUGAUUCUGCAGUUUGAAAACACCCACCAGUACGACUCACCCGACUCGCCCGACCUGAACGCCCAACGUCUGUCCACUGGGAGCCUGACUGAACACUUGCUGGAGAGUGACAGGGCUCCUGGCUCAGUGAAGCUGGCUCGCUCCGAGUCUCUGAAGACCCAGGGCGAGCUCCGAAAGCCCCGCGUGGAGGCGGUGCCUCGGUCCCGCAGCGACGUCGACAUGGAGGACGCAGCAGAGGAGAGGGAGAGGGAGGGGGAGGGGCCCCGGCUGCACCAAUCAGCUUCCUCCUCGGCCUCCAGCCUCUCAGCCAGGUCUAUGGAAAACGCUACCCCACCUUACACGCCAAAAUCUCGACGCAGAAGUAUGGACUCCCCAAAUUCUAUGUACCCCGAAAAUCUGCUCCCCAAUCUGUCGGAGGACGACCCCGAAUCUCAGAACUGGCAGGAGACGGUGGGGCGGGACCUCCUGUCAACGCUUGAGCCCAGGGAGAUUGAGAGACAGGCCGUCAUUUACGAACUGUUCACGACUGAGUCGUCUCAUCUUCGGACGCUACGGGUUUUAGACCAAGUGUUUUAUCAGAAGAUGAAAACGGUUUUAAACUCGGAGGAGCUGAAUUGCAUAUUCCCCAGCUUGCCGGCAGUCAUCGAAGUACACGCCUCCCUGUGUGAUUCCAUGAAGAGACUCCGAGAUUCAUCUUUUGUAAACGCCAUUGGCGACAUCAUGCUUGCAAGGUUUGAAGGUUCGGCCGGAGAGGAUUUCCAGGAGAUCGUGUCUCAGUUCUGCAGCCAUCAAGCCCUGGCCCUGGAGCUGAUCAAAAACAAGCAGAGGAAAGAACCGCGAUUCCAGCAGCUAAUACAGGAGUGUGAAGCUAACCCGCAGUGCCGGCGAUUACAGCUGAAAGAUCUGCUGGUCUCUGAAAUGCAGCGGCUGACCAAGUACCCGUUGCUGCUGGGGAACAUCAUCAAAUACACGGACAGUUUGAACCCGGAUCUUCCUCUGCUGAAGCGUGCUCAGCACUGCUGCCGCGGGAUCCUGAAGGUCGUCAACCAGGCGGUCAAGGAGACAGAGAACAGACACAGGCUGGACCAAUACCAGCGCAAGCUGGACCUCACGCCCCUGGAGAGGACGACCAAUCCCGUCGCAGCGCAGUUCAAGAACCUCGACCUGACCACAAAACGAAUGAUCCACGAGGGUCCGCUGACGUGGAGGGUCAGCAAAGACAAGACCAUCGAGCUCCAGGCCCUCCUGUUGGAAGAUCUGCUGGUCCUGCUGCAGCGAGUGGAUGACCGACUGGUCCUGCGAUGUCCCACCAAGACACUGGGAGGAGGCGGCUCGGACCUCAAAAUGUUCUUCAGUCCCAUCGUCCGGCUGGAUUCAGUGCUAGUCCGAUCGGUAGCUACUGACAAAAAGGCUUUAUUUAUAAUCAGCACGUCAGAAAGGCAGAUCUAUGAACUGGUGGCUGGAACUUCAUCAGAGAAAAACACUUGGAAGGACUUGCUGGAAGAAGCCGUCUCAUUGGCCACGCAGUCACAAGCUCCAGCCAAUCACAGGCCAGCUGCUGUAACCUCGUCCAGUUUAGAUCUGGAACCCGAGUCUUCGGGGACAACGGGAAGCGUGGACUACAACUCGGAAGAAUCCCUGGUCGAGCCUUCUGUUUCCAUGGAAACCGAGACCGCUGAGGACACCGACGAGGUGACCACUCCCACGCCUCCAGCUGACCAAUCGGCGGGCGGUAUCGAUGACGUCACGGAAGCCCCGCCCCCCUGCUUCGCGGGAGGGAUUGCAGACGCUGCUCUGCAGGACGUCGAGAAUCUUCGCAAGUUGAUUUUCAAGAACGUCCGCCUCGACUCUCUGGACACGCCCCCCGCCGACGGAACGGCCAAUGAGAUUCCAGGAGGGGCUUGCUCCGCCUCUCCAGUCCCGACCCAGGGGCGUGAGCAAGAAGCUGGAAACCACGCCCCCAAUCCCCGAGGGAGCCAAUCAGAGCCCGGCGCGAGCUUCAGGGUGGUUCGGAAAGCUGAGGGGGCGGGCACUUCUUCUUUCACUGAUGAUGUCACCCUUGACUCCAGCCGAUCUGGUGGCUGUUCACAGACAGACGAGCUGAAGGGGGGAGGAGUCAGUCGAGAUGGAAACACGUUUUAUCUGGCGAUGCAGACAGAACCUGCGGAGUCCUGCACAGAAGAACCCCCCACACGCGACACGCACGCCGCGUCAGCCCGGGGGGAAGGCGGGUUCAUCGGGGAAGCGAGGACAAGCCAAUGGGAGCGCGGGACGCAGAGUCACGUGAUCCGAAAUGCGGACGCCGUCUUUGUGGCCAUUGAGAAACUGGCCGUCAAACUGCAUAAGCUGAGGGAGAUCGAAGCGGCGCAUUACCAGCUGUUGAAGACGCUGGGACACGGGCCGGUCGGUCAGGGAGGCGCGGGUCCGGAUCAGACCUCUGCACAGGGUCCCAGAGCAGCGGUCCGGACAAGAACCUCGGAUCGGGGCGCAGGGGACGGUAAAGAAGGCAACCCGACAGAUCUCAUUCAACCAGAAACUCGAUCGACGGGCUUUUGAAUCCCAUCUGGAGCGGAGAGCGAAGAAGCAGAAAAAUUAUCUCUCUCUCUCCCGUCUCAAAACCUUUUUUCCCUGCAUGCGAGCAAACGCAUUUAUUAAAAAAAACAUUGAAAUGAAUCGAGCCUCGCUUUCAAGUCGAACUCGUCUUGGAACUGGAACGCCGUGGAACUGGAACGCCUUGGAACUGGAACGCCGUGGAACUGGAACGCCGCGGAACUGGAACGCCGCGGGGGAGCCAAUGGGAGACACCCGGGGGUCCGGUCUCGUAACCUCAGCGCUGGAUUCAAGGCGCUCCGCAUCUGUGUUGGUUUGCGGGUUAAACUAACGGCAUUCGGGGGUCCCGGUUUAGCCGGCGGGGGUGCGUGAAACGCGGAGAGGCGCGGAGGAGGCGCGGUGACUGACAGACACAGAGAUGCAGUUUAGUAACUUAACAGCGUAACCUAAAAACCUGAGGCAGCUACGGACAGGAAGUUUUGCAUCCGCUAGGAUUUUAGGAUCCCCCCCUAACCCCCACGUGUUCACGUCCAGGAGUUAUCAAGUAGUGUUUGUUAUCAGUAAUAUGUGAAUGCUGGUUUUAGAAUUGUUUUUGAAUUGAAUGCUUGUGGAGAACAUUAAUUGUAUACAUAGUAUAAAUAUUUGAUGUGUCCUUUACUGUUGUUGUUGUUGUUGUUAUAUAAUGCUGUACAAUGUAAAAUCCCUAAUUAUUGUAUUAUUUUAAUUAUUAUUGGUUAGUGUUUUGUAGAUAUAUAUAUAGAAAAUGAUGAUGAUGACCGUAAAAUCUUUUUUUUUUCUUGUUUUAAAAGAAAAAAAUAGCUUCGCAAAACCAAGAUGUAUUAAUGUUUCAGUUGACGUGUUUUGUGAAAUUAAAAAAAAAAAGAAAAAAAAGAAAGUUGACGUUAUUAUUUUUAGGAAUUAAUUCUUUGCAAACUCCAAAGAACUACAAAUCCCACAUUGCAUUUCGAAUCCGACGUGUCGACGUUCCCAGCGCGCCGACGUCACUUGACCGCCGCGGAACGACGGAGACAAACAGAGAGAAGAUGGCGGCGGCUGCAGGAGACGGGCAGGAUAACGAUUUGGACGAGCUGCUGGACAGCGCUCUCGAUGAUUUUGACAAGCCCAAGCUCCCUGCAGCGCCACCUGGUGGCGAGGGGGUCUCUGACGCGACGCCUUCACCUGCAGCUGCUUCUGCGGGAGACAGUGAGAAA